UUCCAGGUUGCCAGAUGUUAUUAAUUCAACAACGACUCACUUAUUUAUUGGGGCAAACAAUGAAAAGAUGUGGUUCUGGAAGAGGGAUUGUUUCGAGUAGUGCAGUUCAAGCGCAACGAAAGAUGAAAGUAACGGUGAUACCAGGUGAUGGCGUUGGUUUAGAACUUAGUCAUGCAGUGCAGCAAAUCGUACAAAGCACAGGAAUACCAUUAGAGUUUGAAGAAAUUUUCUUGAGUGAGGUUCAACAUGCACGUUCGGCAAGCCUUGAAGAUGUCAUUAAAGUCGUCAAGAAAAAUAAUAACGUAGCACUGAAAGGUGCAAUUAAGGAAGCAGAAACAACAGCUGGCAACUCGGACAAAGAAGAUAUCAAUCGAGCGUUGAAAAAAGGUCUUGACCUUUUUGCCAGUGUUUCAAAUAUUAAAAGUUUAAAUGGGAUCAGAACACGACAUCAAAAAAAUCUGGACUUUAUUAUUAUUCGCGAGCAGACAGAGGGCGAAUAUUCAUCGCUGGAACAUGAACUGGUACCUGGUGUUGUUGAAUGUCUCAAAAUUUCCACAGAAGAGAAAUCGCAUCGGAUAGCGAAAUUUGCCUUUGAUUAUGCUACGAAAUUUGGUCGACACAAAGUCACGGCUGUUCAUAAAGCAAAUAUUAUGAAAUUGGGUGACGGACUGUUCUUGAGAGUUUGUGAAGAAGUCUCAAAAUUAUAUCCAAAUAUCAAAUUUGAAUCAAUGAUUAUCGAUAAUUGCUGUAUGCAGCUAGUAUCUCGACCUGAGCAGUUUGACGUGAUGGUUACGCCCAAUCUCUACGGUAAUAUCGUUGGUAAUUUGGGAGCUGGUUUAGUUGGAGGUGCUGGAGUUGUUGCGGGACGCUCAAUUGGGCCGGAUGCAGUCAUUUUCGAACCAGGUGCCCGUCAUGCCUACCAGCAAGCAUUUGGAAAACAAAUCGCAAAUCCAACUGCAAUGAUUUUGUGCUGUGCGGAUUUGUUACAACAUUUGCGAUUGCAAAAGUACGGUGCUGCUCUCCGAUCAGCCACUGAAGCUGUGAUUGCCGAAGGCAAAACAAAAACUCGCGAUCUUGGCGGUUGUUCAUCAACGCUAGAGUUCACGGAUGCCGUAAUUCAAAAAUACACCUUAUGAGGAUUUCAGUGAUUUUAUUUACUACUGAAUGAAUCCCUCAAGAUAUUUGAGCAUAAUACGGAAAUAUUUCUCUGUUUGCGCAUCGAUUUUAUGUCAUAGCUGGAUAUGGCAUGUUUUGGUUGUUUUCGGGCUUGCAAUUUCCAUAUAUUGCAUGAAAACAUAUAAGCGGACUUCUCUUUCCAUAUUCAUUCAAUAAAUCAGAGACAGUUGGCUGUAAUUAUUAGUUUGUCUUUCAUCCAUC